AUGGGCUCCAGGCGGGGCCACACGGUACCCUGCGUGAGCAGCUCGGCCGCCAAGAGCCACCCAGAGCGCUACAAGGCCCUCCAGCGGUCGCUCGUGGGGAACUCGUUCCAGUGCGAGGUCGUGGCCUGGUUGCUCAGCCACUGGCCAGUGCACCACUCGCUGCUGGUGGCGGCCGUGUGCGAGGAGAACCUGCACCUACUGGGGGCGGGCGCUGGCCGCCCGCGCGGGUGCUGGGGCGCCGAGGCGAAGGGGGGCCUGCCGGAACUGAGCGCUGUCUCCGAGGCGGGUUCUCCCGACGCCGCCGCGCCGCCUGCGGCGGCUUCCCCGGCGGCGGACGCUGGGCGCGCGCCCUCGGCGGGCGCUGGCCCGGAGGCGCGCGCCAUCUACGUCGGCCGCGGCUCGCGCCGCUGGGGGCUCGGCCCUGUCAAGUGGGGCAACCCGUGCCCCGUGGUGCCGGGGCGGCCGGCUGGCGACGCGGCGGCGCCGUUCGCGGGCUGGUUGCGCUCCCAGCCGGAGCUCCUGGACCAGCUGGAGGAACUGGAGGGGGCCCGGCUGCUCUGCCACUGCCCCCCGGGGCAGCCCUGCCACGCGGACAUCCUGCUGGCGGAGCUGGAGCAGCGCGGCAGGGGGUGCCCCCAGCCCAUCCUCGAGCACCAGAGGACAGAUGGUAAGAUGUUCCCGCGGCGAGAGAUCGACGCUGGCAUUUGGAAGUGGAAGGUCGCUCACCAGCUCGUUUGGCAAGACCAGGCCAAGCACAUCAAUGUGUUGGAGUGCGAGGCGGCGCCGAUGGCCCUGCGGUGGCGGGCCCGGUCGGUCUCGCGACAGAUGUGCGUCUUACUGCCCUUGCUUGACCGCGUGGUGAGCAUCGCCAGCAGCUCAGCCUUCUCCAUCGCGAAGUUGGCGCUCGGCUCGCGGGCGGUCUUUGCCUUCACCUCGUCGGCGAAGAACCCCGCGGACGCGCCGUUCCACUUGUCCAAUGCGUAA